ACCUGUUCUGUUAAUGGAUGAAGUAUUUCCUGCACUUGAAGAACUGACAUACCUGGUGUUCCAGAAUGAUAGAAUGCAAAAUAUUUUUGAUUUCUUUAUUGCUCAUCCGAUUAAUGAGAUUGAAGAUAUCAGACCUAAAUUUAGAGCGAUCAAUAUUUGCAUGAAGAAGUACAGGCGAGAAGUAGAUGAAUCUAAGUUUAAAUUGACUAAAGCUGAAGUUCUGGAAGAUCCAAGCGGGCCUUUUGAAUGUACAGAAAUACUUGUCAUACUCAAAAUUGAUACAUUUUUGCUUCAAUACAGGAUAAAAAGCAACACCAAGAUAGAAGUGGACAGCAAGGCAAUUCUUUACCAAGACGAUUUCACCAUCAUGACUAUCCUUCCUUCCUACAUAAAAGUCACAGAUUUAACCAGUAUCAAGAACGAAGAGACAUCAAUUUCUGAAGAAUUUGAUAAAUUUCCUUCCAGUCUAUUCAUCCAAAUCCCAAAAGAGAGCCUCAUGAAUGCCAAAACCAGCCUAGACCCCCUCUAAAGGCCUCUUAGAGGGUUUCAGCCUUCUUUUGGAGAUUUG